UGCAGGGAUGAUGUGCCGGAGAACCAGUGUGCUGCUUCCCUCUACAAGGAGCAGGUGAAGCUGUGGGCGCUGCACUGCGUGUCGACUGGCGUGCGUGAGUUCAAGGCGGGCAGGGCCGAGGAGGCGAUGGCACAUCUCGACAAGGCACUGUCGUUCGACGCAGAAAACAUCGACGCUCUCGUCGCUCGUGGUGCCCUGAACGCCAACCAGGGAGGCCUGCAGAAAGCCUACGAGGACUUUGAACACGCGCUGCGGCUGAAUCCGGAGCACCGCAACGCGCGCAGCUACCUCGUCGAGACGGCCUGCGCCGCGGGACAGAGUUGCCUGGAAGACAUGGACAAGGGCGGUGCGGUGAAAUACUUCACGCGGGCGGUGGAGCUCGAUCCAGCAUGCGAGGCAGCAAAGCAGGGACUCGCUGACCUGUGGGAUUACAUCAGGACUCAGCAGCAGCAACUUUCUGCACAGGGCAGGGAUGCGGCAGAACGAGGCGGCGGCCGGGAUAGGGGGCGCCAUCGCGGCGGCGCCGAGCGGUCGAGCACGGAGAAGUCGAAGCAGAUGCUGCUGGAUCUGUUACACGGGGACAGGGGCGGUAAAGCUAAACACAGGACGUCGGAACGGCCGCGCAAAUCACGCCCGCCGCGCGACGCCCACCACGACAGAGCCCGACGCCACAAGGGGGCGCUGUCAGACCGCAGCAGCAGCAGCAGCAGCAGCUCUAGUUCCGGCUCGUCGUCCAGCAGCGGCACCAGUCCCGCGGACACCAGGGGGCGUCGGUCGCCGUCGUCAUCGUCCUCGUCCAGCGGCUCCAUUAGGGGGCGCCGUAAACGGUGGCAAGCGAGGCGGGUUGCCAGCGGGUUGCGGUCCCCGUCACCCGAUCGCCGUCGCAGCAGCGUGAGCCGGCACGAUAAGGAAGGUCGGGUCAAGGUCAGGGCGAGGUCGGACGGGCACAAGGGAUCGCCACCAGAGGUCAGGGCGUCGCAGCAGCACGAGUCCUUGUCACCCAGUGGCAGGGGCGGGCCAAGGGAGCACCAGCGCCAAAGGUUGAGUGACGGCAGGGACGGUCGCGCGGCACAUCGUCACAACGACGAAGACGGUCACGCGGCUCGUCGCCACGACGACGAGGACGGUCGCGCGGCUCGUCGCCACGACGACGAGGACGGUCGCGCGCCGCAUCGCCACGAUGACGAGGACGGUCGCGUGCCGGUGGAGUCGCCCUUGUUUGAUACGGGGCACCGGUCUCCGCCCGACAAACCCGCGGGGAAGGAGGGCGGGGGCGUGACUGUGGUGGUGGAGACGAAGCCGGCGCCACCUGGCGAGACGAAGCCGGCACCGCUUAGCAAGUGGCGCGCGAUAGGCGAUGUCAAAGUCGGCACCACCUACACCGACAAGCAGACGAACAUGAUCCCGAUCACGCGUCCGAAGGUUCUCCCGGCGGCGGCGGCGGCAACGUCCUACGGCAACAUCCAGGAGAGGCUGCAAGGCUUCGCCGCCGCGGCGCGUUCCUCCGUUGCCGCCGCCGACGACGGCGACGGCGGCCGCAGCUUCCUGCAGAAGGAGCGAGCAUAUGGGGGCGAGGACGCAGCGCGGGGACACCCGGAGGAGGUGGAGCGCAGGAUGGGGAAGCUGGUUGCGCUGCCGCGGGCACUCGUCCUGCGGAACGAAGCCGCCGCCGCGCAGGAGACGGAGAGAAGGGCGCGCAAGGAGGUCGCCGUGGCGACGGCAACUCGCGGCGACCUCGACAAGCUGCGCAUCACUGAAGCGACGGAUAGGCGGCCGGGAUGGCGGGAGCUGAGAGAGGUCGUGAAGACGGUGCAUCGCAGCGGCAAUGACGAGAGGGAGGAGAAGGAUGAGGAGGGAGGGUGGCACAGCGUAAAGGAGUCUGCGGGAGACGGCUACGUCCAUGAGGUGGACGCCGCCAGGGUGCGCCGGCGAGGGACGCGCAACGGUCCGUCGUCAUCGGAGGAGGAGGCGGAGGAGAGGUCGCGGAGCGAGGCGAUGCGUCACGGUGGUCACGGUGGUCACGGUGGGGAGACGCGGAGGCGGGAGGACGGGAAGCGUGGUGUGAAGGAGGAGCGACGCGGUCGCCACGGCAACGAUGAGGCGCGGUCCCCCGACGCGCAGCGCGGUCGUCGUGGCAACGCGAUGAGGCACGGAGCCAACAUCAGCUCGGAUCAGCGCGGCGGAGGCAGGAGGUGGAAGAGUGAUAGUGUUGGCAGUAGAAGUAGUAGCGACUACAGCAGCAGCGACCGCAGUCUCAGUAGAAGCAGGAGUUACGAAAAGAGAGGACAUAAGCAGUCGAGUGAGACAAAAAAUAAGAACUUUCCGAGCAAGGUUUCCGAGACCGGUGCGAAAAGAGGGCACGAUAGAGGUAGGAGUGCGGACAGUAGUAAGAACAGCAGCAGUAGGGGAAAAAAGGGCAGGAAGUAUAGCAGAAGUAGGAGUAACGACAGUAGGGAGCACAGCAGAAGUAGAAGCAAAGACACUAGAAAACGCAGCAGAAGUAGAAACAAAGAAGCCAGAAAACCUUGCGGGACUGUGACCAAAAACACUAGACAACGCAGCAGAAGUAGGAGCAAAGACACCAGAAAACCUAGCGGGAGUAUAACCAAAAACGCUAGACAACGCAGCAGAAGCAGGAGCAAAGACACCGGAAAACCUAGCGGGAGUAUAACCAAAAACAACCAAAAACGCUAG